AUGCUUUUUGUCAAGUCAUUAGCUGUUUUAGCUCUUUUAUCAUUAUCAGGUGCUGUUCCUGUUCCUGUUCCUGUUCCUGUUGCUGAUGAUUCAAAUACUUUCAGUUAUGAUGUUGUUAAUGUUGAUGGCUCAAAUGCUCAAGCUACUUCAAGUGUCCAAUAUGGUGAUAACUCAAAUGAUUCAAGUACUGUUGGUGUUGCAGAACCAACUAGUACCGGUACCACUACAGCUACUUCGGUCUCUGAAAACAUAGUUACUGGUACCACUGUUGUUCAAAAUCCAACCACAACUUUCACAAUUGAAUAUACUUCAACCACUACCACCACAAUCAAAGGUAAAAAGAAAACUGUUUGGAUUACUGAAACUGAAGGUCAAAAUGGUGGUCAAACUCCAACUGCUGAUGCUUCUACUCCUUCAUCCACUUCAACUUCUUCAACAUCAACCUCUGAUGCUCCUUCUUCAGCUGAUAAUGCACAAAAUGAUGUUUCAACCACCUUACAACAAACUGUUAUUGAUGGUACAACUUACUUGGUCUCUGCUUAUGUCAGUACUAUUAGGCCACCAAGCACUAUCACCUAUGAAUCAGCUUAUACCUCAGAGCUUGCAUCUACUGGAGUCUCAACCAUCUCAGCUUCAACUAUUCCAGUGAGCUCAUCAGUUACUCAACCAACAUCAUCAAGUGUUGCUCCAAGUUCAAGUGCAUCACCAACAUCAACUGCUUCAACUGCUUCAACCACAGAAGCACCAAAAUCUUCUUCAACUUCAAGCACUUCAUCCUCAACAAUUACUUCUGCUCCAGCUUCAUCCAGCUCUAUAGUGAGUGAAGAAGCCUAUACCACUGUUGUUAGUGAUGGUGUAUGUGAAGUUUAUUAUGAAGAUCUAUAUGAUGAUGGUUCAGAUGAUUCAAGUGCUACAACAACCAUCACAAGUACUAUUAUCACCACUGUUUCUUUGAAUUAG